UUCCCAACAUAGCCGCCCAAUAUCAUCGUGGGGGUGAGAAUUCUGACUCCCGCUGUGAAUAUUAUAAAUAAGAAAAACAUUUGCUCGAGGGGAGUUAAGCUUGAAUAAGUUAUAAAACUAUUGGUGGAAUGUGUGUGGAAGCGAAGAGAGAGGCGAGUCUCGGUUGGUUUUCUUCUCUGCUGUCAUAAUCGAACGAAUAUAUCACCGGGAUCUUGAAUUGACAUAUCUUCCCGAUCGUCCUGAUUCUUCUUAUCAAUAAAGUACAAAAAUACGUGGCAAAACGAAGAACAAAUUUGUUAAAUCAUUAGAUUGAAAGAUUUGCCGUUCACAUAUUUACUGAAGAAACUCCAGCUGAAGAAUGCAAGGUGUGGCUCAUCGUAGGUCGACCUCAGACCUGGAUUGAUAUUCUAUAACGUAUUUUUAGUGAAAACAUAUUUUAAAUCACAGCGGAACUAACAAUACAAGGACAUCAUGCCAGCUCCGCCACCACCUCCUCCUCCAACGUUCAGUGCUCCUAGUGCUAACCCCGAUGACAGAGGUCAACUUCUCCGUUCUAUCAGAGCUGGAGCAACUUUAAGGAAGACAGUUACAGUUGAUAAAAGUGCUCCGGCUAUCAGUGGACGAGUAAGAGACGAAGGUUCGAGUUCCGUGGGUCCUGGGGUUCCGGCACGUGGCAGUAAUGCGUCGGCAGCGGUGUCAUCGGGAGGUCCUCCCAGUCUAGGAGGAUUAUUUUCAGGGGGAAUGCCAAAGCUGAAAGCCACAGGUUUGAGGUCGAACAUUGUGGAGAAGGAGUCGAGCGGUGGAGCAUCGGGGACUGCUAUGACUCACACCACGAGUCCAGCAGCUCCCAGUAUCAAAAGGGGACCGCCACCGGUCCCGCCGCCUGCAACUCAGAAGCCACAAAUCACAGAGUCAGGGAAUAAUGUCGAGCCUCCGAUAACUUUGUCAAAGGGAUUUGGGAAGCCGAUGUUGGCGCCGAAACCCCCAGCGACGCCACUCCCAGCAACCAUGACACAGAAACCUUCACCGCCGCCGAAAAAGUUGAACCUCCUUACCGGGCCGAGCGUUUCGCGGGCUCAGAGUAUGCGGCUUCCGCGUUCUUCACCGGUCCUCGCACCGACACCGUCUUCGUUGCACCAGUCACAGGAUUGUCUCAACGAGACGCAGCACAGACCGGUGAUAAAUCGAGCUUUAAGGGCGCCCAUCGCCCGGCCACCCUCGCCGCCGAUUUCCAAAAAUUCCGGUCCCUCCACGACCCGCGUAGCCCCGCCACCGCCGCCACCACCUCCGUCGAGACUCGCCGUUACUGCACCGAGUAUGCCACCUCCGCCACCUCCACCGCCUUAUCGUUCAACCUCGAUGCACCAGAGGCUCGCUCCGCCACCGCCCCCAACGCCGAUACCAUCGAGCGCUUCCAGCGCGCCUCCGACACCCCCGACGAGGGUCGCCUCCGCUGCGUCCUCUUCGUCAACCACCAAUAUUUCCUUCUCUUCGUCGACUCUUGUUCGAAACGGAGCUUCCACGUUCGCAAGCCUCGAUCUCGAAGCCCGAUUCGCCGACAAAUUUCAUUCGAUUAUGAAUUUUCCAAAUCCAUCGCCGUUUCAAGGAUUUCCCAAAGUCUACAAUAGCAAAAACGCCGCUAAGCAACAGGCUCCAGCUCCCCCACCUCUGCAAUCGUCUUCCGCCCCCGGCACGAUGCUUCGGUUGAACGCUUCGUCCGGGGGUAAACAGUGGCAACACAAUGCGGCGUCGUCAGCUUGUUGAAAAUAAACAAACUCAAAAACGCUGCUCAAAAAACAAUUGAAUUACAAAGAAAAAACGAAGAGAAAAGUGAGACAAAUGCGUGCAGAUAUUCAACGACGGAUUUUAAAAAACCAGUAAAUCAUAGUACUAUCAAAAACAAUGGUCUUCCGAGAGAUCCGGAUGAAAUUCUAUGCGAGAGAGUGAGAGAGAGCGAGAGAGAGAGAGAGAGAGAGAGCAAGAAAGGAAACGGCUUGAGGGCGUGAUGGGCAAUUUCGAAAAGCGAAAUAUGGUGUUUUCAUUAACAAGAUUCCUCUAAAAGAGAAAUAAUUCUUUCGUUUCAGCGAACAAACUUGCUGGUAGAGCCCCGCGUACGUGUCCGUCGUAACAGAGUUCGAAUCUGUUAGCGAUUCAAGAAAAAAAAAACAUCCAGUUAAAUUGAUAAAGAUUUUUUCUCAUGCGCUUGGAAAACAUCGUUGCGACAGACUCGUCAAGAAAAAAUUUUCAACAAGGCUCCCCUUUCCCUUUGUCUUGGAACGCAAUCCGCGAAGGAGUUGACCUUUGAGAAGGGCCUACACGAGCAAGGAGCCAAAGAAAUUCCAUGUAAAAAGGAUGAAAAGGACGAAGAGAAAAAAAGAAAAUGGAAAAAAGAUUUUUCUCCAUUUUGAUCUGGAGCAGGCCAUAUUCCAAAUAUGCGACAGUGCCUCGACGUUUAUCAACUAUUGGAAUAAAAAUAUGUACGUAUUUAUGAUUUACGUGCAAAUCUCGAACUUGUAAUUUUGUCUGUUGUAUAAAUAAUAGAGAAUAGUAAUAAUUAUACUAAUAAUGAGGAUAUUUUUGAUGGGGACGGAUGAACCGGGGAUCGAUUUUAACGAGGGAACGAUGGAUACGAAAGCAAUGAGACUCGUUGAUGUAACAAUUGUUGAUUUAAUUAAAUUAGAUACGUGCGAUACUCUUCCGAA